CGUAAAAAAUGCGCGAAAACACUGGUCAGCAGCGGAACGUCAUGACGUCAUUUCCUGAAAAUAUCAUAACGUUAUUUAAAUUCUCUACGGAUCAACAUUGUUUUAAAGUUGUUGCCCAGAGCCACUGAGUAAACAACAUGACGUCGAUAGGUGACGUUGAAUUGCGAAGCAUCGUGAAAUUUUGUGUUGCGCUGGAAAAGUCUUCCACAGAAACAAUGAAAAUGAUCAAUUCUACAGGAAAAUACAAGAAAUGCAGUCCGGCUACAGUGUAUAGAUGGCAUGCUCGUUUUAAAGAAGGAAGAAACUCGAUCGAAGACGAUCCUAGAUGCGGUCGGUAGUCUGUUGUUGCAUGUUCAAUUAAGGACUCGGUAAAAGACAUGACAAACUGCGACAGAAGAACGACAGUUUGAGCUAUUGCUGAUGAACUUUGCGUAUCAGUUUCUACUGUACACGGAAUACUUACAAAAGAGCUCGGUAUGUCUAAAGUGAGUGCACGUUGGGUACCACGGUUGCUAAAGGACAAUGAAAAGGAUUGUCGGGUGCGAUGCUCUAAGGCAUUUCUAUCACGCUAUGACGCCGAAGGGGAUGAGUUCUUAGACAGCAUAAUAACAAAUGACGAAACUUGGCUCCACCACUUUGAUCCAGAGACUAAGGCUAUGUCAUCGGUAUGGAAAUCCCCGCGUACACCUCCCCCAAAGAAAGCCCGGGUGCAGAAAAGUGCGGGAAAACACAUGUUUAUUUUCUUCAUGGACCGGCACGGGAUGAUACUGCAACACAGAGUUCCGGAUGGUCAAACUGUCACGGCGGCUUACUAUUCAAAGGUUCUGAGGCGGGAUCUCGUUAACGCGAUACGGAAGAAGCGCCCCCACAUGGACCAUGACCGCAUCACUUUAUCAAGACAAUGCGCCGGCCCACAGAGCGGAAUCUACCCAGUUAGAGAUCAGCCUCUUGGGGUUUGAGAUCUUAGAGCACCCUCCAUACAGCCCGGACCUCGCUCCGAUGGACUUCCGUGUGUUCCCGGAGCUCAAAUCACAGCUGCGUGGAAAACGCUUUGACUCAGCUGACGAUCUUGUUAAGCAUACGCAAGCUAUAGUCUCGUCCUUUACCGAUAGCUGGUACGUGGAAACAUACAAUAAGUGGAUCAGCCGACACAGGAAAUGCAUCGAAAUUGCAGGUGACUACGUUGAAAAGGUGCGACGAUCGAUGGACUUUAACGUCGCAUAACGUUGCAAAUGACGUCGGCGUGCUCUGGGUGUUUGUUAUAUGGUUAUUUACUAUUUUUAUUAUGUUUUAGUUUCUGUGUGUAUGAUGAUGAUAUUUUCAGAUAUUGUACAGUAUAUAUUGAAAUAAAUGCGUAUAUAUUUAUAUUUACGCAAACCCGACUACAACUUGUGCUAUAAAACAAUUCUCAGAACUUCCCGAACAACCCUCGUACAUUGUUGCAUAUUUUUCAGUAUUAGUUCCCAAGUGAUCUUUGUAAAAAAAACUCAAAUUUUAAGUAUUUAGAGCUUUCAGACAACAGUGAAGACUUUGAAUAUUGAACAUUUAUUGUCCAAUUCUUUAAAU